AUGGCACAGCUAUUGCGAAGACUCUCGAAGCAGGAUUCUGUCUCUGUCAGCCAGAGAAGAAAAUCAAGUGCUCUGGACGAUCCCGAAUGGAAAUCCAUUCUUGAAAUCAAAAAUGAAGCUCUUAAAGUGUGGCGCCUUCCCGAUAAAGGACCAGCUAUUCCACUUCUGGAGGAGCAGUAUGGUUUCUUCCUUAGUGAUGAGCGAUAUGUGGUUUUGAAAGUCUCAAAUCACAACAGAAAACUCUGCUAUGAUCUACACUUCUGGAUUGGUCUCAACAAGGCCUCUAAGCUUGUAUCUGAGCCACCGGAGAAAGUCUCUCAAGUUAUGGCUCUACUUAACGACAAUAUAGUUGUUCACCGAGAAAUUGGCGAAUUUGAGUCACCACUUUUCAAAUCGUACUUCAAGGAAUUUGGAAUUCUUAACGGAAGCCUAUCCGACCUUUUCGACCCCGAAAACCCGGAGAAAUACGUCAAACGUUUGUUGCGCUUCAAGCUCACACGAAACAAGAGUAGGAUUGAGGUGACGGAAGUUCCAAUCUCGAGGCUUUCUCUCGAUUCCAAUGACGUGUUCAUCUUUGACGAAGGCACCAAAAUGACCCAAUGGAACGGUAAAAGAUGUGAUGAGGAAGAACGCAUUUCUGCUAAACACUAUAUUGAAAGAUCACUAAAGGCUAGGAAAACCAAAUGCACUUCGGAGUUCGUCGAUGAGGAGGACUUAUUCGACUAUAAUGAACUCUAUCGCAAACUGGGUGACGCACCAGUACCCGCUAGGCCCAUGCGUCUUAUGAAGAAUGCAUUCAAGAAGUCUAUGCACAGACUUACGGAUGAAACGAAGAAACUUGUUUUGCACAAUGUUUACAACGAAAAAGUGUAUCGUAGUGGAAUCAAUGUGAAUGACGUCUCAUUUAUUGAUACCCUUCAUGUGCUCUACGUCUACAUUGGUCCAGGAUCAAGCGAUAACGAAAAAGCCAAUGUUUGGCCACAAGCCGACAAAUAUCUUAAGGACAAGAAGUCACCUUACAAAUCAAUCACCGUAUUCAACGCUGGCACUUACUGUGAAGGCUUCGAAGAAAUCUGGGAUGAUGCUAGACAAUAG